AUGGGGUACGACAGGACAACGAAAGAUGAUCAAGAAACGUACAGCGAACUCCACGAGAACGCAGAAGUAGAGGAAGAAAACAGAGAAGACUGGAAAACUCAUCCGGAGGGAUACACACCGUUGCAUAUAUCCGCCCAGUUUGGACAUAAGAAUGUAUUUAAACUACUUAUUGAAGUUUACAAAGCUGACCCUAAUAUCAGAGACUACAGUGGCAGGACAGCAGACUACUACUUCCUUAUAAAAGAACAAAAAGAGGGACAAGGCGUUACAUUGCGCAAGAUUAAGGGAAGAAAAAAACAAUCAGACAAAGAUUUGGGAUUCCUGCGCAUUGGAUCUUUAAACGUUCGAGUAAAGAAAACUACCGAAGCAUUUAGUAAUUUUUUGGGAGUAGGUAGCGCGAACGUUGCUCCUUUAGACGCUGUUAAUGAAAAAAUUCUCAAAGGAUGGGGUUCAGCGGAUAACAUUAGUAAAGAGGCAAUGGGAGCACCAAAAACAUACGGUUCCAAGAAGAAAUACAAAAAAGGUUUUGAAUCGGGAGGAAAUAGUACUCCAAGUACCCCAAAGACACCAACCAAAAAUUUCCACUCCUUGAAUUUCAACGAUUCUGAUUCCGACACUGCUGCAGGAUUUGAUUCUAACUGGAAACAUUGAGCCAAACUGGAUAUUAAUGAAACUCAUAGAUCUGACAAAAUGUUAAGAAUUCUAUUCAUGAAAAUAAUAUUUUUUAUUUCUUAAAUUUUUGUAUUUUAUUUGUAAAUUUUAAUGUAUAUUUUCUUAUUUAUUACAUUAUUUGCAAAAGUGA